GCUUCAUCCUCACAGAGCGGAGAGACACACGGCGUGGAAGGACGCGCGGGUUUCUCCCACCAGCUCUCCCGUCUGGCAGAAGCGCGCACCCGCAGCUGCAGGAGAACCCUGAUCCAGACGAUGUGUGCGGACGGAGAGUGCGCGAGUCUGAGGCGACUGUGAUCAGACGUGAAGGCAGGUUUCAACAAAUAUACAGGAUGAGCUUCGCUGCUGGUUUUCAGGAAAUGCAAGUCAGUGUUGAAGAAAUCAGGAACCGACUCCCACGCAGCGGAGACAAGAACGCCAAUCAGUUGUCGUCCGGUGGUCAAGGCGGAUGUGGAGUGGGCGGCGGCUACAGCCCCAGCACUCUGCCUCCGUUCGUGGCUGACCGUGACCAGCUGGUGAUAUGGGGCUCUGAGCAAAGCUGUUUGUCACGCCAGCUCCGCCAGUUUGAGCUCGUCGCUUGUCCGGACAUACACUCCUUCUUGGACGACGCCCAGCCAGGAGAGGAGAAUGAGGACGACGCCGAGAGCUUGAGGGACGGCAAAGAUGAAGGUCCAAUGUCCAUUUCGUCUUGUUCCACUGCCAGCUCUUCCUCCAACGGAGUGAAGAAGAACGACAAUGACACCGUGGAGGACAAAGCGCAAAGGGGUCGGGAUGUUCAAAGACGGAUCAUCUGUCACAGCACCGAAGAGCUCGACACAUGUUUCACAGACAGCGUUGAGAAGAAGGACGCCUCGGCAGCUGAGAAGGGCCGGCGCAGGAGGGGCCUCAAGGAGUCAAAGUCUGAGACAAACGUUUUUGUUUCCAGUUUCUCAACCCUCUCUUCCGGCGGGAGUCUGUCCAGUUCUCUGGAUUACUCCGGGGAGCCCCGCGUGUCCCUCCUCAGCCAGAAGAGCAACCAUUCUCCCACUGCCAACAACACUACCUCAGCCCAAGUGACAGGAAGGGCAACCCGAGUCGAUGCCAAUCAGAACUCCCCUCCCACGCAUCAUCCUCAGGAGAAACAUGGCCAGCACCACGUCCAGGGUCAGCGGCAGGAGGAGGGAGGUCUUCAGCGGAGGAACUCCUCAUCUGAUGCUGGCCUGGGUCAGAGGAGGAAGGCCGGGUUCGAAGAGCGGGUGCUGCCCCCUCGAAGACAGCAGCUCGUCAGACCCCUCUGCCAGACGGAGACGGAAGCAAGCAGAGCUCAAGCGGCAGAAAGGGCUCGCACUCUAUCUUCCGGUCGUGCUGCAGACUCUCAACCGAGCGGCUCAGCCAGAAGGUUUUCCAAGUCGUCGCUACGGGAGCCGUCCGAUUUCUCACACCUGUACAGUGUGUGUGGCGUUUCCCAGCAACGCUGCCAGAGUCAGGAUGCAAACAAACAAGUCUCACCAGCGCAAAGGCCGCCGGCGGCAAGUCCUCCAAGUCCCGCCACUGAGAAAAGGCCUCCCACUCAACUCACAUACAGAAGGAAUUGCUCGAGCCCCAACCGCACCAGGGUGGACUCCGGGGCUUGGACUCCUCCACGCUCUCCUCUCAGGACGCCUCAGAGCUCACCGCGCCGGCAGCCUUCCACGUACCUCAGUGCUGCGGCGCGACACACUCCGUCAGGAAGCAACUCUCCUCUCUCAGCUCCAGCUCAGGGCAACGCCUCCUCAAGAGCACCAGCGAAAGCAAAUCCAAGCACAACUGGAAACCCCACGCCACCUUUUAACAGCCAGCAGAGCCCACCCAAACCACCUCAGUCUUCAAACUCCUCUCCCAAGCCUAAACCCAAAGGAGUUCGUCCGAAAAUCAUCACCUACGUCCGGAAAACUCCUCAGCGCAAGCCUCAGGCUGCAGACGGACCGUACCAGGUGUCCUCCCUGCCAUCACGCCUGUCGAGCUAUGUGCAUGGAACCUUAGCUUCUCACAAAGACCCCUCCAGGAGUGAGGAGGACACCAGAGGAGCUGCGCUGCUCAGCGCCUCCAACGUGCUGUUUGACAAGUACCGCCAAGACAUGCAGGCCAACAUGCUCCCGUCUGGGUUUCUAAGUCGGAGCAUCAGAGCCCCUGGCUACACUAACACCGUGCCGCCGGCUCACAGCACCGUAGCUCCACACGGCCACGGACAUCCACACAACCACACAGCGGCACCGAAACUGGGCGGGAAGACGGCAACCUUCUACAAGGCAUCAUCAGAGGUUGGAUGUGCCGCUGCUUUUAAAGAGUCUUCUGCUGAGGAGCCGAUGAAGUCUGGGACAGCAGCUCAGCCUGAGGGCAGCAACAGUCUCCUGCGCUCUGGCAGAGGACUGCGCCUGGGUUUGGGCGCCGUCCACCGCACUGCAUCACUGAAGGGCAAAAGCAGCGGUCAAGGUCCGCGGGCGACGCUGAUCUACAGCCAACCCAUCCAACCUCUUCCUCCUGCCGCCGCUCAAACACACCACGGCAACGCAGAGGAUGAAGCGUUCAUGCGGCGUGCAGCUCUUCCUGCCUCGGCGACAGUGACGGCCCAGGCCCAGAUCCUGGCCUCCAGAUCCGUGCUUCCCAAGCCCAGCCAGACGGGUCUGCGCCAGCCAGGCUUCGGCUUUGUGAGGACCGCCAGCGUUUCCUGGGUGGCCUCCGCCCACUCUGCUGACAGCACACAGAGCGACCCCUGCAGGACAGCUCAGCGUCAGAGCGCCAGUGAGGAGCCUCCCCAGCACAGAGCGAGCCAGUCGACCGAGCGGGGUCGCAGCAGCCUGCAGCCGCCCUCCACGCCGGCACUGCCGCGCCGCUACCUGCCGGCCCAGCCGCGGAGCUCCCCUGGAGUGGGGAGGAAGGAGUUCCAGCGCGGGUCGGAGCUGACGCGCUCCCUGCCGUCCUCCCCGAAGAGGCUCGCCGUGGUUCCUCCAAAACCUCAGUCCCCAGUCCAGUCAGGGCAGCGGUCCACAGCGGCGGCGCGAGGGCCGACCCCCCACGGAUCGCCUCGCCGCUCCUCCUCCCUCAGGCUGCAGCCGGAGCAGCAGGGGAGCCUGCAGAAACAGAGACAGGCGGAGGACAGAGAGAAGGUGGAGCACAGGCUGGAGGUGGAGCAGCUGCAGGGACGCUGUGAGCAGCAGGAGCUGCAGCUGCAAACUCUCCGAGAAGAAGUGAGGAGGACUUCUCUGGGCCUGGAGGCCUUCAUCAUCACCACGCAGCACUACUGCCUGAAGAACAAGACGGCUGAAGAACACAAGCGCUCCUUGCUGAUGGAAAUCCAAAUGAUCAGAGAAGACUUGGCCUCCACCUCCGGGCGCUGGGAGCGGCUGGUGCAGGAGAAGGCGGCCCUGCAGGCGGCGUUUGGGCGGGAGCUGCAGGAGCUGCAGCUGCAGCAGGAGGCGGAGCUCGCUGCGGUGGAGGCGGGACUCAGGAAGUGUCACUCUGCUGAGGCCGAACACCUGAAGGCGGAGCACCGUUCAGUGAUGGAGGAGCUGAGGGCUCAGCAGCAAGAGCAGAUGGAGGAGAUGAGUGUCCACCACCAGGCUGCCAUGCAGGAGCUCAGAGAGAUGCACAACAUCACCAUGGCAACCCUUCAUGAGGAGCACGCGCGCACUAUGAGAGACCUGAGGAGAGCCCAUGAGCAGCAGAAGGUGCUGCUGGAGCAGGACCUCCAGAAGAGCAGGCUGGCUCUGCAGGAUCAGGUGGACACCCUGACCUUCCAGAAUCAAGGUCUGCAGGACAAAGCCAAGCGCUUUGAGGAGGCUCUGAGGAGGAGCACGGACGAGCAGAUCCUUGAAGCUCUGGCGCCGUACCAGCACAUCGAGCAGGACCUGAGGAGCCUGAAGGAAGUGGUGGAAAUGAAGAACCAGCAGAUUCACCAGCAGGAGAUGAAGAUUUCCCACCUGGAGAAAGUGGCCCAGAAGAACGUGACGCUGGAGGAGAGGGUGCAGCUUCUGCAGCAGCAGAACGAAGACCUGAAGGCCAGGAUUGACAUGAACCUGGCCCUGUCCAGACAGCUGUCGGAAGAGAACGCCAACCUGCAGGAGUCGGUGGAGAAGGAGAGCACGGAGAAGAAGCGGCUGAGUCGCAACAACGAGGAGCUGCUGUGGCGCCUGCAGAGCAGCCCGCUGGCGUCGCCCGCCUCCUCGCCCCUGCACCGCUCCUCCUCGCCCGUCCCGACCUGCGGCUCGCCCUCCCACUGCCAGGGCUGCCCCCGGCAUGCCCUCUUCACGUCCCCCUCUCACGGAGCCUCGGGCCCGGCCACGCCCACUCACAGGGUCGCCACCGCCGCCGCAUGCCUGGGCUCACCGCCGCUGCCGCCGCGCCACGCUCCCGCUCUGUUCUAGACUCUUCUCCGCGCUCGUGUCACAGCCGGUUGAGCACGUGAAGAACCCGAGGCAGCCAUGUUUGUAGUCCAGUCGGGUUCCGAGCAGGACCUCUGCAUCAUGAGGCCCCGGGGAAGGGUCCUCACAGAGCCACCUCCAGCCUCCCUCAGGAGAUCGGCCAUCUUGUAUUUACCUCAGCGGGCGUGUUGGCGAACCGCCAGCUGUUCAGCUUCCAAAGCGUCUUCCGGUCGCGACGAGCUCGCAGAGUCUUCAUUCAUUCAGGGAUUCGUAUCAUCAUCCUCCCACUGAACUGAAGCACUUCCGGAUCCAACGUGACCAGCAAGCCGCACUUGGAGCCUGAGGCGGGUUUGUAAUGAUUUUGUACAGCGCAGCGCCACACAGGGUCCCACGCCAGUGUUUAGUAGGACUGUCUGUGCAAACCCCAGUGAAUGUAGAGCAGGACUGAGACGCCAGAGGGGGGCGCUCUCUCUCCGCUGGCUCUGACGUCCCUGUUUACAGCUCCUACUGUCCCCCUGGACUGGCCCCGAAUGUCUUUUCUAUUUUCUAUCGCUCUGUCGGACGCCACAGUAGCAGGCGGCCAACGUAGCAGCGAGGCCCGCAGGUGGCGCUCCUCCCUGAAUGUACAGAUGUUUCCAGCUGUGUUGCAUGUCUCCUCCCCCCUGCAUUGUGAUGGCACCGGGGCCCAGAGCUGGGCCUCUGAAUGUGGAUUAAACGUGUUCUCCAGCAGGCGUGGCGUCUGUGUGUCGACCCCACAAACUGACCAAGGCCAGUGUCUUGGUGAGGAACGAUCAUGAGCAAUAACUUACUGUACACCAUAUGACGCCGAACACAGUCUCCACCGUGACACUUCUGCAUCUCACCGUAUAGUCGAUAAACCCGCGGCUCACUGGCUGCACACCUGAACAUGAGGAGAGGGUGACGGCGCCGCGCUCUCCAGCUCCGCGGCGUGAGCAGUUGUGGAGAGUGUGGUGGACUUUGCUUCACCAUGGUAGUUUGAACCUUUGAUCAUGACACUGGUCGACUCUGACUCUCUGGAUCCCUGAGAUGGAGUGGUCCUCACAGGUUCUCUGAGGCGCUCCUCUGCCUUGGUCCACAUCAACACAUGCAGCUCUCCUGCUGCCAAGGUGACAACACGGUGGCGUCCUCUUCCGCGUCCCCAUGAGGCUUCACUGAUGGAGGACACACUCUCACAGGCAGCACUAAUGCUAGGAGCCGCCAUCAGUCAGGGACCAUCAACAAAUUCUAAAGCCUCAAAGUCUGAGUGACAUCUUCAAUAAGGCCAUGGAAAACAAGCAUUUUAGGAGAGAGAGAACUGUGACAAGGUUUUUCACCACACAAGACAAAGGACUGACAGUUGGGAUCAUGAUCUGGAGAAUAGACUCUGACUCCAUGGUCAUUUCUUCAGCUGAUUUCUAACUUCUAAAACAUUUAUCGUGAUAACUUUUUUGGUCCAAGUCGCCCGUCCCUAGCGUGGACAAUCUGCAGCACACAAGCGUGGAUUCAACAGCAAAGCUUCAGGUGUGGUUUCCAGGCCUCACUUCCUCAUGAAGUGGGACAUGACGUCCAUGGGCAGAGGGAAGAUGAUGGUGGAGUUCUUCUCCGCCGCGAUGGUGUUGAGGGUCUGCAGGUAGCGCAGCUGCAGCGCCGACGGAGACUCGGCGAUGACCAGCGAGGCUUCCUUCAGCGCUCGGGAGGCGUUCAUCUCCCCCUCGGCUGCGAUCACCUGCAGGGGGCGGAGGCAGCUCCGUCACUGUUGCAGUGCAGUGUGGCGCCAGAGCAGCGCAAGAGUGAUACAGGUGUGAAGCUGAAACUAGAGUGACACCAGAACAGCUGUUGAGGAGCAAGAGGGGAGCUGGAAUAGGUCCAGCCUCCAAACCACCAGCAGAGGGAGCCGCUGAAGAACCGCCGCAGAGGAAGACGCUUCGGUGUGAAGCAGAGGAAGAUGGUGAAGCAGAGGAAGAUGGUGAAGCAGAGGAAGAUGGUGAAGCAGAGGAAGAUGGUGAAGCAGAGGAAGACGCUUCGGUGUGAAGCAGAGGAAGAUGGUGAAGCAGAGGAAGAUGGUGAAGCAGAGGAAGACGCUUCGGCGUGAAGCGGAGGAAGACGCUCCGGCGCUGACCUUGGCUCGGGCCUCUCGCGCCGCCUCGGCCUCGGCAGCCAUGGCUCUCUGCAGUUGGACCGGCAGCUUGACGUCCUUGAUCUCCACUCGCUCCACCUUGAUGCCCCAGUCGUCCGUGGCCUCGUCCAGGUUGGACUGCGAGGCAGAGAAGUGCCUCCUCUUUAACAGGGUUUGUCCAGUCUUGUUUACCUGCGUUUGUCUUCCAGGACGCUCACCUGCAUGCUGUGGGCGAUGCCUUCGCGGUCAGACAGGACCUCGGCCAGGUUCUUGGUCCCCAGCACGUUCCGCAGCGUGGUCUGGGCCAGCAGCCGCGUGGCGAAGUCGGCGUUGGACACGUUGGCCACGGAUGCGAUGGGGUCGCUGACCCGGAAGUAGACCACUCCGUCCACGCUGACGGUCACCGAGUCUUUGGUGAGAAUCUGUCGGACAGGAGCGGCACAGUCAGGCCCCGGGGUUCCGGACAGGCGUCUGCUUCUGCACCUCCUGCGGUGGGAUGUCGAAGGAGAUGGUCCUCAGAUCCACUUUGAUGAAGGAGUCGGUGCACGGCAGGAUGAAGAAGAUCCCUGUGGAGCAGAGCGGCAGGUCAGCCGGGUUCCUGCGCCGGGUUCCUGCGCUGGGCUCCGGGCCCUACCUGGGCCCUACCUGGUCCCUUGGCCUUCCGGUCGGUGAUGCGGCCCAGUCUGAAGAUGACGGCGCGCUCGUACUCCUGAACAAUCUGCAGCCAGACACAGGUGAGGCAGCGCCACCGGGGAACACCUGACUCCCACUGUGUUCUAUCUUUGUGAGGACCGCUGUGAGUUUUUCACCCACAGAGUGAGGAGAUUUUGGCAGGUCCUCACUUUGUCAAGCCUCAGUUUGAGGUGAAAACUACCAAACAGCCGGGUCACUGUGCUUCAGUUUGGUUCAGAGUCAGGUUCAGCUGAGUCAUGUGUGUCAGAUGGUGAGGUUCAGGGGGAGAGGCUGGGGAAGGGCUGAUGGCAAUGACGGUCCUCACUAAGAUAGGGAGACAAUCGUGUGUGUGUGAGAGAGAGAGAGAGAGCGCGCUGACCUUCACGCAGAACCAGAUGGUGAGCGGGAAGGUCACGAGCGUGAAGAAGCCCGACAGGAUGACGAUGAACCAGCCGCAGCAUCCCAGAGAGCCGGUGCGCUCGGCUGCAGAGAGGCACCAGGUUAGGUCACUGGAAAACUACUGAGGCGGGGCACCUGCCCCACUUUCACGCGGCUCUUCACCAGACUGGCUGUGAGUUGGCUCAAGUUGCUGCUGAGAUGAUGCUUUAUACAGGAAAUGAGAGUCAGAGCUGUUCCAAAGACUUUGACUCCUGUUUAACUCUGGAACAUAGACAAUAAACCUGGCCGCACGUGCUCUAAGAAGGAGGGGGCGGGGCUUGGAGCAGGUCCCAACAUAGAGGAGUCAAGUCACCACAUCUACGCCUCACAGCCCGACGUGUUUGUGGCUCUGCUCAGCAACACAGCGGCUGCUUGGCCAGGCCUGAGUUAGUAUGUUAUUAUACUGAAAUGUGUCAGUUGUAUAGUGACAGGCCACGUGACUGAAAAAUGAGAGUCGGUGAGUUUUAACCCCCAAAUUCAGGGUUAACCUCAGGGGUCCUCACUAGGAGGUGUGUUUCCAAGAGUCGGUCCCCAGGUAAACCAAACCCACAGGCACAGAAUGAGGCACCUGGUGGUGUUCUCAGCAGCAGCGCGCUCUGCUUUACACCAGACGACAAACAGGAAGAGCAAAUGUCAGACGUUAGCGACGGAGCGGGGUGUUUGUGCCCCUCUCCUGAGAGAUGAACCUGGCAGUCGAACCAACCCAACCCAGCAGAAACUCCUCAAGAAACCCAGGAGUGUGUGGAGGAACAGUGAGAUGGUCUUCAGGUCGACGUCACAGUGUUUGGUUUUCAUGAAUAAACACGAGGUGAAACCAUGAAGAUCAAACUGUCACCGUGUCCUGGUCUGCUCCACCUGCCGCCCAGUGCCUUGCUCAUGGGCGGCAGGUGAGGUCGCUGUUGACUGGAGUCGGGUGAGAGGUCACCGAGGC